AUUCACGCGGUGAUUUAUUUAUCUUCUGGAGCUUUCUUUUUAAAACGAAAUCGUUAAUCAUCGUAUCGUUUUUGGCGCUGGUCCUCGAUUGUACCAUCUUCGAUUCAGUAUUGCAAAAUCUUGAGGAUCGUCUCUCUUUUAAGUGGUUCUGUUAUUUGACUUGCAUCAGGAGGAAGUGAAGCAAAAGAAGGAAUGGCUGAUGACAAAGGCAUUACUGAAAGUGAUAAGAAAGACUCUGCUGCUUCUGCGCCUGAGAUAGGAAAAAAGAAGAACAGGGGAAUCAUUUCUCGUAUUUGGAAUAGUAUCUUCAGACUAAAGGGGGAUGAUUUUGAGAAGAGAUUGCAAUACAUUUCUAAAGAAGAAGCUUCUGUUCUUGCUAGAAUGAAAAGGAGAUCCCAAACUUGGAGGAGGAUGACUAGGCAUCUUAUUAUAUUCACUGUCAUUUUUGAGGUUAUCGCGGUUGGUUAUGCUAUCAUGACUACAAGAUCAAUGGACUUAGAUUGGAAAAUGAGGGCUUUUCGAGUUUUGCCGAUGUUCCUGUUGCCUGGUUUAUCUACUCUUGCUUAUUCAGCAUUUAGGAACUUUGCAAGGAUCUGUGAUCGCAGGGACCAGAAAACUCUGGAACGGCUUCGGGCUGAGAGGCAAGCAAAAAUUGAUGAACUUAAAGAGAGGACAAAUUAUUACACUACUCAACAGCUCAUUCAGAGAUAUGAUCCUGACCCAGCAGCAAAGGCUGCUGCUGCAACUGUCCUGGCAUCUAAACUGGGUUCUGAUUCAGGUUUGAAAGUGUAUUUAGGGGAUGAACCUAAACUCAAUGUUGCUACAGCGAAGAGCAAUGAUGUUGAGGUUGUGCAAUCUGGUGGUCUUCGAAAUCGUAAGCAACUGCAUACCAGAUCCGGUAGUGCCGGAAGCAAUCCACUGCAUCAUUCUGAAGAAGAAACCUCUCAUUCACAAACUUCUGAGCAUCCACAAACUUCUGAGCAUAAUAACGUUGUUGUCAACCAUCACUAUCCGCAGGGUUCUACCAUGAAUGAUGGAGGAUGGAUUGCUCGAAUUGCUGCAUUGCUUGUUGGGGAAGAUCCUACACAAUCUUAUGCUCUCAUAUGUGGCAACUGCCAUAUGCACAAUGGUCUUGCAAGGAAGGAGGAUUUCUUGUAUAUUACUUACUACUGCCCCCACUGUCAUGCCCUUAACCGGCCAAAAGAAUCAGAAGAGCAUGUUUCAAGUUCUAUUACCUCUUCUCCUAAAAUGAGCUUCUUGACCAAAGAUUCGAACAUCAAUCCCAGUAUUCCUUUGGGUGAUAGUAUACACCAAAGUAAUAGUCCUGUGAAAGAAGGUUUGGAAGUUGAGCAAGUUGGGAUAACUGGCCAUGAUUAGUUUAAAGGCAGUGGCAUACUUCUUGGGUGAUAUGCUUUUCCCUAUACAUUUGGCUUUGAAUCUUUCUGGAUUGGAGAUGUGGUUGUGAGAUUUGUAGGACAUAUCAUAGGCAAGGACUUCUGUGCUUUACGAUUAUAUAACCUUGUAAGAGACAUUUCAUACGGAAAAUUUUUUAUUGCAUAACCUAGUCAGAGGCUGUACUUUGAUCAAACAAAUGUCAUAAUCAAUUGUGCCUAUAAUUUAUUACUUUGAGGUUGUUUGCAAAA